AGAGAAGACUUGGCAAACACGUACUCAUCCAUGGAUUACCAUCCCCUCUUGAAACAUUUGUGUCGAAUGCGUGUCUCGUAACUUGCAUACUGUUGUCAUUAUCUCAUCAUUAACUUGUUUCUAUUUCGCUUAUUAUCAUCUCCACUUCCUCUAUUAUUCCUACACUUCUGUAUUCUCAUAAUAUGUGCACUGUCAAUCAAUUUUUCUUCUGACCCUAAUGUUUCUGAUUACUGCUUAUACUCUUACUACCUCUACCACUACGGAAUUUGAAUCGACAACUAAAUCUCUGUGCUAAUGUGGUAUGGCAACUCGAGCUGAUGUACAUACGUACGAAGUUCUACGUUGUUACUGACUGACUGAGUAUCCGAAUUAUCACUUAUUUUUCACAUUGCAACCAACGAGCAUCCUGUAUGUUAAUGUGAAUAGUCCUGGUAUCCAUAAUCCCUACUAUCCUGAGAUAAAUACACUGAUAAUUAUAAGUAGUCAAAAUGAUUCGCUAAGCAGGAACUGUCAGAAUAGUGCCAUUUAAGACAGAUGGAACUCGAUGAGUAUAAAUGAACGCAUUCUGUUUGGACUUCGAAUUGGCAGCGGAAUAAACUAUAAAGGAGUCAUCAAUUAGUACAAAUACCGUAUUUCUCCACUCAAUAAGUUCAUUUUAGUUUACUAUCAUUACCUUAUCUAAUAUUUUUUUCAUUCAGCUUGCCUAUCAGUUUUGAUGAUAUUUCACACGAUCUCAUAGUUGCAUGCUUAUCAAACUGAUCUCAGUUUACAAUUUUGAUAUCGAUCACUUCUCUCUAUAGCCCUAUUAAGAGUGUAUUGAAUUAAAUGUCUAUCGUUUCUACCUUAUUCAGCAUACUUUAGUAGCAUUAGCCCCGAAUCUAAAAAGCGUUUUUUUGUUUGCAGAAUGAUUAUUGGUUAACUUAUAAAGCACUAUCUCGGAUAUAGUGUUAGGAUUGAACCGAUCCGAUUAUAUGCUUCAUGUACAAGGAGAUUUAUGCGAUACUAAACGGACUUCUCUUGCGAACCGGUUACAAAGUACAGUAGUAGCCGCUCAAUCUGAUAUUGAGACUCAAGAUGAAGCUUGGGAUGGUUUGUUGAUUCGACAAGUUGAAUUCAAUAUGAUUGCAUGUAGCUUUUGUGGUCUUGCUCAGCGUAUUGUUCCACAACAUCGUAUUUCCUUAUCCUUGCAUGGAAUUUCAAGCGAUUUAAAUAAUCGUGUACCUGAUUGCUUUUCUGCUGAUAGAUUUAGCGAAGCUUUAUUAUCUGCUUGUCGUAUGUAUGUCGAAGAUUGCUCUAGAAGAAAUUUAAUCACGUCAAACAUAUCUAUUCUUGUAGUUGUUGGUAAGAAUGAAAAAAAUAUUUAUGAUCAACGAGCAUUGAUUGGUUGUCUUCUACUGAAAAAUCCUAAAGUGAAUGUGUUAUAUCAUUCAUUUGAUUAUCUAAAAACUGGUCUAAAAUUGGAUGUGAAUUCCCGUUUAUUUGUAGACAAUCAAGAGGUAGCUGUUGUAUAUUUUAGAACUGGCUAUACUCCAGAUGCUUUCCCUGAUGACGAAACAUGGGAUGUGAAAUAUCAACUUGAACGGUCGUUAGCUAUCAAAUGCCCAUGUAUACAAUAUAUGCUUGCAAAUACAAAAAUAAUACAGGCCGCCCUGUCAAAACCGAAAUAUUUAUCUAGAUUUUUUAAUCCGGAUAGUUCAAGUUAUUUAAAUAUUUUAUCUACAUUCGCCCAUCAAUAUACAUUAGAUGAAGAAAUGGGAAUAUCGGAUUCCCCUGAGAUUCAAUAUGUAAUUAACGAUUGUCUAUUAAGACCAGAUAAUUAUGUUUUGAAACCACAGAGAGAAGGUGGAGGGAAUAAUUAUUUUGGAGAGGAACUUGUUCAGAAAUUAAAGUCAAUUAUGAAUCAUUCUGAAAGAAAACUGUAUGUACUUAUGGAGCGUAUACAACCAUAUAUUUUUGAAAAUUCUAUAUUGAAUUCAACUUCAGCUUCUGGAGAAUUAAAUGUCAAGAAAAUGGUUACUGAAUUGGGUAUUUUUGGUGCAAUUCUUGCGUGUAAAGAUGAAAUCUUCCUGAAUGAGUUUUCUGGUCACCUUCUUCGAUCAAAACCACUGGAAUCUAAUGAAGGUGGAAUAGUAGCAGGUUAUGGUUGCCUUGACUCUCCAUUCCUCGUUUAAUACGUUUCAAUUACUUUCAUUUUGCUUCAGUGAAAUAACAAUUAGAAUGAUUUUAAAAAAAUACAUGAUUUGAUAACUUUA